CUGACUGCCCAGUUCAACGUUAGUUCACCGUCUCACCUCAUACAGUAUUGGAGCAGCAGCAGCUGACUUGAUCGUUGAUGCUAAUCAGCAUAUUUGAAUCUGAGAGUAAAUAGAGCCGACUACACUCUAAAAAUGAAGGGUUCAACUGGAGUUGUUCUCAGAUCCCCUAAGAACCGUAGGGUUCUUGUCAAUGAAAAACAACCCCAAAAGGUUCUUCAAAUGACUUGUUAGAAGGUGGGUUCAUCGAGGAACCUCCGUUGUUGCUGGACUUCUUCCGGAAACUUCGCAAUUACAACUGAAAACGCUGGUGGCAAGUUUGGAUGCGACAACAAUUAAAAAGGACAGAACAUGGACACAAUGCAAUUGGGAUCAAGAAGAUGUUCUCAGAAAUGAAUCAAGUCCAUGGAAUGGAUAUAGACAAAAAGAGAAUUCAAGGACUAUCAGAGGUAGAGAGGUGAGGCAGGGGUGAGGACAUCAUCCUGCUAUUUUGACAGUCCCUGAAGGACAAUACAGAAGAGGACUGGAGACCACAGCAGCGAUUCUGCUCUUGCCCUACCUCUUCAAUGAGGACCCGAGUGGACUUUAUGUCAAUGUAUCAAUGUGGACUUUAUGACAAUGUAUCAUCUGUUUCUUCAUAAACAUAGAUUUCACCGCUCUUCACUGCUUUACUACACAUCGGCGGAAAUCCAUUUCAUCAUGAGAGUGAAAUCCCGCUGACCUUUGAUGGGUGGAACAUCCACGCCCUCGAGGACAUCCUCAUGGGACUUGGGGCUUUGCUAGGGCUGUAUUAUUUAUUUUCCCUUCAAUUUCCCCAAAAUGUCAGAAAAACACUUGUUGUUUUAAGUUACGGUGUUCUGGGGAUAAGAGAAGUUGGGGUGAAGUUACCAGGGCCGGUCAUAAUGAUGGCAAACUUCCUAACAUAACUAAGUGGAUAGGAUAUACACACUAAAGCUGAAAAAUCUGUAUUUAGCAUCAAGUCUACAAUAUUGUUAGUUUACCUAUGAUUCAUUUUUAAUGUAUGUUGUUUUUAUUGUACAUCAUUAUUUUUUAAUUUGUUGUAAAUGUCAUGAAAAGCACUAUACAAAGUAAAUGUAGUAUUUAUUAUGGUCUGAUGUCUGCAGAAAUGUUGCAAUUUUGUAAGGUGUUUUGUUUGGUCAAUUGUUUUGUAAAUAUUCAUUCAGAUUUGUGGUGCCACUAAAUUAACAAUUAAUUAUUUAAAUCAAUAUUGUUAUUAUUAUUAAAAUAUUUUUUUCAUAAUGGGGAAGGGUGGACAGGGGGGUUUAAAAAAAUGAACCCCAUAAGCUUAUUCGAGGAACUUAUAGGGGUUCACACAAAAGGUUAUUCAAAUUACUUUUAGUGGCUCCCCCACAGUUUUAAUUUGAAUAACCCCUAAAGGAUACUCCAGUAACCUUUACUUUUUACAGUGUAUAUUGAUAAAAGUCACCUUGUCCGAGAGACAUUUACAUAGUUAUACACAGCCCAAUAUGGGAUGACUAUUUUGGGGCGAAAUAGUACAUUUUUACACUAUAAUAAAUGUUUCUGAUGCCACAUCGCCCGUUUUCAAAGGGAGUCGUUGGUUUUUAGGGGCAGUCGCUUUUUUCUCAACUGUGAUACCAACUCCAGUCAGCAGAUGGCGACGUGCGUCUUUCAGGUGAUUCUGCCACUGGGACGUAUAAUCUAGUGGACGGAACGCUUCUUCAACAACAACAGCUAGUCAGACACCUUGGUACCUUGCUAGGCAAAACAGCCGAAACAUUGAAGUUAUUUGGACUGUGUCGGUGUAUAGCCACUGUGUAAUUACCAGUAUUAUAUUGUAUCUACUUUUCAUUUCAUAUUUAAGUAGUUGUUAGUCAGCUAAUUUAGUUGGCUUGAUAAAUUAGCCUAGCACUACGCUAAUGCUAGCUAGCUAUUAUCCCCUACCAUGAGUUGCUCACUAAACUUCUCCCCUCCUGCUAAAGAACAUGGAGUCUGCUGGACUGAGAAAGAAGCUCUGGGGCUGAACGUUUUCGUGAAAGAGGAGGAUGUCACAGUAAAACAAGAAGUAGAGGGUGAGGCUGUUACCGUGAAAGAAGAAGAGAAAGAAGUUACAGUGAAAGAAGAGGAAGACGUGUUCAGAGUGAAAGAGGAGGAGGAUGUUACAGUAAAAGAAGGGGAGAAAGAGGAGGAUGUAGUUUUUGAAGUGAAGGAGGAGGAGGAGACAGAAGGAGAGAGACGGGACUAUCGUGGAUCCUCUGGGGAGCCUCAACAACAUCAUGAUGCUGACGAGGCAGAGAAGAGUCUCUCCACAUCAGGACACCUCAAGAAACACCAUCAGAGACCCACAGGAAAGAAACCUCACUGCUGCUCUGACUGUGGGAAACGUUUCAAAUCUUCAUCAGAACUUAAAAAACACCAGAGAAUUCACACAGGAGAGAAGCCUUAUAGCUGUGAUCAGUGUGGCAAGAGUUUUACUCAGUCAAGCCACCUGGUAUCACACCAGAGAACACACACAGGAGAGAAGCCUUAUGGCUGUGAUCAGUGUGGCAAGGGUUUUACUCAGUCAACCAACCUGGUUUCACACCAGAGAACACACACAGGAGAGCAGCCAUAUAGCUGUGAGCAAUGUGGGAAAAACUUUUCUCGGAGAGAACACCUUAAAGAGCACCAGAGAACACACACAGGAGAGAAACCUUAUAGUUGUGAUCAAUGUGGGAAAAGCUUUUCUCAGAUAGAACACCUUAAAGGACACCAGAGAACACACACAGGAGAGAAGCCUUAUAGCUGUGAUGUAUGUGCAGAUAGUUUUACUACAUCAAGCCAGCUGGUAGUACACCAGCGAGUACACACAGGAGAGAAACCUUAUAGCUGUAGUCAGUGUGAGAAGAGUUUUACUCAGUCAAACAGCCUGAAAUCACACCAGAGAACACACACAGGAGAUAAACCUUAUAGCUGUGAUCAAUGUGACAAGAGAUACUCUCAUUCAAGUGGUCUGAUUAAACAUCAGAAAAUACAUGCAGGAGAUCCACAGAGUGUGGAAUGAUAUCCACCACCAGACCUGGGUAGUUGAACACAGAGUUUGGAAUGAUCUCCAACACCAGACCUGGGUAGUAGAACACAGAGUGUGGAAUGAUCUCCAACACCAAACCUCUAUACAUCAAAUCACAUUCUAUUUGGCACACACACUUGUUUAGCAGAUGUUAUUGCGGUGUAGCGAAACGCUUGUGUUUCUAGCUCCAACAGUCCAGUAAUAUCUAACAAGUAAUAUCUAACAAUACACACAAUCUAAAGGAAGGGAAUUAAGAAUAUAUAAAUAUUUGGACGAGUGAUGUCAGAGCGACAUAGACUGAUACAGUAGAAUAGAAUACAGUAUAUACAUAUGAGAUGAGUAAUGCAUAGACUAAGAUACAGUAGAAUAGGAUAGAAUACAGUAUAUAUACAUAUGAGAUGAGUAAUGCAUAGACUAACACACAGUAGAAUAGGAUAGAAUACAGUAUAUACAUAUGAGAUAAGUAAUGCAAAAUAUGUAAACAUUAUUAAAGUGGCCAGUGUUUCCAAGUCUAUGUGUAUAGGCAGUAGCCUCUAAUGUGCUAGUGAUGGCUAUUUAACAGUAUUUAACAGUCUGAUGGCCUUGAGAUAGAAGCUGUUUUUCAGUCUCUCUGUCCCAGCUUUGAUGCACCUGUUCUGACCACACCUUCUGGAUG